UCUGCUUGUGUUCUGGUUCUGACUCUCAUUCUGUUUGGUCUCUGUUGUUCUUCUGCUCUAUCUAGAACCUCUUAGUUACAUCAACAUAUGGUAUUAUUUAAAAGAAAAAGGAACAGGCUCCUGUUUCUGAUAGCGCCUUGAAGCGAUCGGAUCAGAACCAAAGCACCAGGUUCUAUUUCUGCAGGACAAACAGUGUGGAACUCUGUCUGAUCCUGGAGGGAUCUCUGCAGAGAACAGAAACAUCCAGAAUCCACCUGAUCCACAGGCACCAGAGCAGCAUAGGUGUGUUUCUGCCAGUCACAUGACCACAGAGGAAACAGGGUCAUGUGACCAUAUCAAGGGCUGGACAGCUGAUGUCAUCAACUCUAACAUGAGAGUUUUACCUGAAUUCGACCAGCCCAGCCAGUAAAGGGUUCUGAACAGUUCUAUUGUUUUCUGUUUGAUGAACAGAAACCAUGAAUGAGGCCCGGCUGUCCAUCUACAGAGCCACCAUGAAGCUCCAGUCUCUGCAGAGACUCUGUCACAUGGACGUCGUCUUCAUUCAACACAUCACGGCAGCCUUCCAGCAGGUGGGCGGGGCUAACGCCCUUGAGGACGCCAAGAUGAACAGAGAGGAAGUGACCUUGGUUCUGACCAGGAUGUUUAAUGGCGUGUCACAGGAACUUCCGGGUCAUGUCUCAGAGGAGACCGGCAGUCUGAUGUUCAGGCUGUUUGAGCGGGAUCGGACCGGGCAAGUCUCAGCUCGUUCUCUUCAGACCGCUCUAGUUGCUUUGUCUGCAGACACAUUGCUUUGGAAAUACAGAAGUCUUGUUAGUUUGUCAGGAGACGGUUCAGGAUCCAUCACCAGGUCUGGACUCACAUCUCUGCUGCAGGACCUCAGUAAGGUCCCUGCGGCAGUUCAGGAGGAAGAUGUGUUCGGCAGCGUGGAGGCAGCAGUGAGCUCGUGUUUUAUUGAUGAAAGGGCUCCUGCUGUCAGCAAACUACAUCUGUUAUCAUGGUUAAAGAGUGAGCCCUGUCUGCUGCUAUGGUUACCGACUCUCUACAGACUGUCUGUCGGUCAGAAGGUCAGCCAUGCUGUCCGCUGCCACACCUGUAAGACCUUCCCUAUCACCGGGCUCAGGUAUCGGUGCAAAAAGUGUGUGAACGUUCACGUGUGUCAGAACUGUUUCCUGAACGGCCAACAGACCAGGAAGCACAAAACCCACCAUCCAGUGGUGGAGUUUUGCACUCAGCCCACCUGGAGAGAGUCUCUGUCCUCCUUAGUGCGUAAUGCUCGUCAUGCCCUGUUACCACGACGAUAUACUCCUACAGAAGCUGAUAGGAGGAGGGUCCUGAAGUGGGCAGAGCCAGGAGAGACACAGAACAGAGCUCCGCCCUUUUCUGAUGCCUCCAUGCUAUUGGCUGAUUCAGCUUGUACUUCCUCCUCUGACGUACCCCAUGACGCCUCCGUGCAGGCAUCUCCUCCUCCUUCUUCAUCAAAGUCUCUGCAGACAGAGGAGGAGCCAUCCAGUCUGCAGGGGGCGGCUCUGCUGACAGAAAUCAGGAACCUGCAGAGAGAUAAGUGGCUGCUGGAGCAGCAGCUGGGGGCAUGGCGCCUCACCAUCCAAUCAGAGCAGGGCGUCCUGGAAGACAGGUGUUCUGAGAUGGAGGUUACCGUGGAAACCAUGAGGCAGCACAACGUCCGGCUGCAGGACAUGCUCACGCAGGCUCUGAGAAAGAUGGAGGCAAAACACGCCAACAACACGCCUCAGAGUUUCAUCACGCAACACUCAGACAGAGGAAACGUCACACCAACCUCCAACUCUCUGACUGACGCCGAGGAAGAGGAGCUGCUAAAGGAGAAGGAUGACUGGAGCCAGAACGAGCCUCAAACUCCAUCUCCCACAAUUCCACACCAAUCAACUCUGUCACAGGAUGAACUGUUCCAUGAAGAAGAGCUUAACGAGAAGUUUAACCAUCAGCCAAUAGGACAACAGGGGGAGCCAGAGGGGGUGGGCCUUCAAACAAAUGUCCCCUUUCUGUCCGAUAGAGAGGAUCUUGGGAUGUGUAGUCCUGAAGACCUGCUGCAGAAGAUUGUGGACCGACUGAAGAUGGAAAUGGAGGACAAGUGGACAGAGAGAAACACAGGUGUGGGAGUGAAGGCGGAGCUUGUGGAGGCAGCAGAACAGGUGGGAGACUCAGUGUGCUGUCUGGUGGACGCUGUGAGGAGACAGACAGACCAGGCGUGGCACUUAGAAAGCUGUUUAUUCAGGAUCAAUAAUUAAACACGGAGGUAAAAAAGGUAAAAACUUAGUCACCUGUAAAAAAGGUGAGUUACUAUGGAGACAGAGCUGCCAAACGUGGAACAUUAAACAGUGAUGUCAAUCAGCGUCUCCAUGGUAACAAAAAUGAAACUACCGUUUUCAUUAUGUAAAAAUGCUGCAUUAAAACAGAUUCUAAACACAA